AUGUCAAUGGCGCCGAGCUCGCCCCGGCUGCCCAGCCCACCGCCGCCCGCCGAGAUCCAAAUUGGCCCCAAAUCCCCCUCGAUGGGUGCACAGUCGAAUCGCCAGGCAUCGCCCAUGGAGCAGUCUCUGAUCGAGGCGAACUCGAGGCGUCGCAUACACCCAGGCACCAAAGCCGCCGACAUGGCCGCUGGUCCGCCGCUGGUCCCCUUAACGAGGUUCCUCGACUCGGCCUUCCAGCUCCAGGAGCACCUCGCCGCCCUCCACCACUACCACACCAACAGUAACAGCGCCCCGAUAACCCGUACGACAGCGAUCCAGCUCGCGACUCCUCCGCCCGGCAUCGACCGCACGCUAUGGCUCUACGAGUUGUGUCGCUUCCUCAUCUCACAGUGCAACACCCUUAUCGUCGGCUUCCUCUUCGACUCCCCACCCUGCAGCGCCGCAACGUGUCCCGAGAUGCGCGCCUCCGAAUGGCAGUUCCUUUGCGCCGUCCACGAGCAACCUAAGAGCUGCUGUGCCAUCGACUACUGCUGCCACACACUCGACUGGGCCGCGAACAUCGUUACGGACCCUAAAAUCUUCCCCUCGCGCUUCGUCGUCCUCUCCGACGUCCACAAUAAGGGCGUGGCCGUCAAGAACCUCGUCAACGUCUUCCGCCGCCUGCACCGUAUCUUCGCCCACGCGUGGUUCCAGCACCGUGCCGUCUUCUGGACCAUCGAGGGCCAGACCGGGCUCUACGUCUUCUUCAAGACCGUAUGCGAUAUGUACGACCUCCUCCCCGCGGAGAACUACAAGCUCCCACCCGAGGCCGAGGGUCUCGAGACCGCGACGGCCGUGCCCGACGCCAACGGCGGCGAUAAGAAGCAACUGCCAAUGUCGAUUGUCAAGCCUCCACACCGCAGCGAGGGCGGCAUCCAGGAGGACGACAACUUCCAACCUGUGGGCCGCACUGCCACGAGACGCCACGUUAGAGCGAGCCCGUCUGUCGGGAGUGCUGUGACCACCGUCGUCGAGGCUGAAGAAGAGGAGAGCGACGUGACGAGCAAGCUGCGCGAGAUGCGCAUAUCGGCCCCCGACACGGUCGAGGAGGAGCCCGAAAUGGCUGACGUGCCCGUGAUUGUUGAGAAGGAGAUCUUGGACGAUGCGUCACCCACGGAAGAGAAUGAGCCCACUGUGUCAGAGCCUCAAGAGGUUGGGCUCUCGAAACCUGAAUCAGACCCCGGUGGCGCGGAAAAGCCUAUCGAGUCAACAGAAGAUGAGCCGAGCAGCGCGCCAGCAGAAGACAAGGCGCAAGAGCCCUCUGCAUCGGCCGAACCUGAGGCCGAGACGGAGCCCAAGGCGGCAGAGGACGAAGCGGCAGAAGCUGGCGGCGAAGUUGCAGAGUCAGAUAGCACGGCUGCCGACGACAGCUCCGCCGAGCCCGAGGAAGAGUCUGCCGAGAAUCAAGACGUCAGCACCAAGGAUUUCGCCAAGGACUCGGCCAAGCCGGCCGAGUCCGCGACGACAACAGCAGAUGCCACAGAGGACGAGAGCAGUCCUAAAGAAGCCGAGAAGGGCAGCGAUGAACCCAAGGCGGAGUCCAAAGCGGAGGACAUGAAAGAGGCAUGA